AUGACGGAUAAUGGUUCUAAAAAGGCACAUCGCCGAUAUUCCAGCAAUGGCAGCAGUAACGUCGGAAGCAGCAUAGAGAUUGAAGGCACGGAAACGUCCGUGUUUUGGAAGUUCGUGGAUUGGAUUGUGACUCUUGACACAUCCAGUCCUACAACUGAAAACUAUAGCACUAUACCGCAGAUCAGUAACUAUGUGUUUUUCUUGGGUGGGCGCCUGAGGACAGUUUCCGGUACUAAGGCUCUUUCCGUGGUUGUUUUCGCGAUCAUCGUGGUGCCUAUGGUCCUAUUUUCCAUCUUCGAAGUGCACAAGGUAUGGACGUUUGGCCAUGGCCAUGGAGCGCUCAUCGUGUUGUUCUAUUACACCUGGGCCAUCUGUUUUGCCUCGUUACUCAAAUGCGCGACCUCGGAUCCUGGAGUUCUGCCGCGCAACGUGCAUGUUCCCUUGGCGCACAAUGAUUUCGAGAUUCCGCAAGAAUACUAUAACAUCAUCACACUGCCCGGUACGGCCCACAACAAACGCCCGGUCGAAGUCAAAUACUGCACUACAUGUAGGAUUUGGCGCCCUCCCAGAGCCUCGCACUGCUCUACAUGUGAGGCUUGUAUCAUAACUCAUGAUCACCACUGCGUAUGGAUCAACAACUGUGUCGGUCAGCGCAAUUAUCGCUAUUUUCUGACAUUUUUGAGCAGUGGUGUUAUCUCAAGUGUGCUUUGCAUUGCAGUUUGUGCGCUUCAUUUGUCCCGGGUUUCUAGGACGCGUGAUGCUGUUCCAGCGGUAUUUUUAAUAGUGUAUUGCGUACUUGCGGUUUGUUAUCCUCUGCUUUUACUAAUUUUUCACUUUUUCGUGACGUCUACCCAACAAACCACACGAGAGUACUUGAGAAACAUAAGGUCUAGGAGAGAAUUUCUUCGCGGAUUCAAGUCUCCUCCUACCAACUCUUUUGACACCGCUAGCCGCACCCGGAACAUGUACACCCUAAUGUGCCAAAGGAGAGGAUUCAGCUUAGUGAGUGCGAGGGGUAAGCACGUACCUGGGGACUGGCGAUUUUUGAAACUACCCCAUCCACAUAAUUUUGAGAAAGUUUAG